AUGAGUUUCCUUGACUCUAUUCUCUCGUCUAUCCAGACGGGAAACCCCUCUCAAACCCCACUUUCCCAAGCACCCGCCUCGCCUGUCCCUACUGCGGCACCCAAGAAGGAGGAGCGAAAGUCGCCAGCUGUACGCCAAGCGCCCCCAGCCAGCGGACAUGCUGUAGGAACAAAGAGGAAGGCGGAGGACCCUUUACCCCGCCCAUCCAAAAUCGAAGCCAAAAUUCCAGCUCGACCUGCAGUCGCGAAGCCCGCAGUCCCCGGGAAGCCAGCUGCACCUUCACCUGCGCUUAGAGCUGUGCCCAAGCCCGUCUCCAAUGCCAACCCUCGGGCGGUGCCGUCGAAGGUAGCUUCGACUAAGCCUGCACUCAAGAGCAACUUGACUAGUGCGACAAAAGCCGUUCCUUCCAAAGUUGCCGCGAAGCCUGCUCCAGCAGCUGCCCCCGUGUCGUCGAAACCACCGCCCAAAGGAUCGUUUGCAGCCAUCAUGGCGCAGGCCAAGGCCGCCCAGGACAAAGCGCCGAUCCAGGCAGGUAUGCUUAAACACCAGGCAGGACCUAAAGAGCGUCUUAGCAAAGUUGAGCGCAAAAGACGACAGGAGGAGGAACUGGCCAAAGAAAAAGAGGCACGCUCAGGCAAGAAAGUGUCUACUGGGGUCUCCGCCAAAGACAAGCCGGCUCGAAAACGCGACACAGACGGACCAUCGUACAAGGGUACCGCCAAACCAACGCAAACCCCUGAGCCGCCUGCGUAUCGCGGCACCGCGGGUCUGCCCUCGAACCGCAGUGCUCAUGACCGUCGACACCAGUCUCGUAACUCCCGACAAAACGAAUACCUCGGCACCGAUGAGGAAGACGAGGGUGAUUACGGUGGCUACGGUGGCUACGACGAUUAUUACUCAGAUGCCUCCUCCGACAUGGAAGCUGGCAUUGAUGAUGUGGACCGCGAAGAAGCGGCUGCGCUGAAAUUCGCGAAACGAGAGGACGAAGAAGAGCUGCGGCAAGAGAUGGCUGCUAAGAAAGAGAAGCUCGAGCGCCAGCGUAAACUGGCUGCUCUGGCUUCUCGAAAGCGUUGA